UGUUCUAUAUCUUAAUUUUGCCCAUUGUUCUGUUUUCUUCAAUGAAUCAUGCAGGUUUUGGAUGCAAAUCCUGCACAUGUGAAGGGUCUUUAUCGUCGUGGAAUGGCUUACAUGGCUGCUGGAGAUUUUGAAGAAGCAAGGGCAGAUUUCAAAAUGAUGAUGAAAGUUGACAAAUCAACAGAAUCAGAUGCAACUGCAGCUCUUCAAAAAUUGAAACAGAAGGAGCAGGAAGUCGAGAAGAAAGCUAGGAAACAAUUUAAAGGUCUAUUUGACAAGAAGCCUGGAGAAAUUGCAGAAGCUAAAGCUGAUGUAGAUGGAGAUCAGAUAACAAGAGAAACCCAGAUGGACAAUGAAGUACAUGAGGACUUAGAUGGAACAAAUUCAGAGGCGUCACAUGAAGCACCACCGGAGGCUCAACCAACUGGUUGGUUCUCUCUCUUUUGGCCUUCUGGCAGAAGAUUUUUUGAAUCUCUUGGGCUUAAUAGAUGUACCAUACUAUAAUUCAACUUAAAACGUGGUAGUUGGUCAUAAUACAGUUUCUAAAGAAGGCAUUCCAGGCCAUUUUAAUACACUGGCACUUAUAGAAUGGGUUCAAGUAUUUGUAACUUUUAUCUUACCAUAUGAUGUCUUCUGAAAGAUUUUUUUUUUACCAGCUUUA